AUGAUUGACGUACAAACAAAAGGCGAGAGACAACCUUACCCCGUCGGGGAUGAAAAAAGAAAAGUUGUCAGCCGAAGGCCACUGGAUCAGAAGGAAAGAGGCGCACCGAGCGCGACGCGGCGCACAGGCCAGAGGCAGAAAGUUAAGAAUAAGAAGAGAACUUGCGUCAACCGGCACCGAAGCGCCCGAUCCCACGGACCGGGGCUCCACGGGACGGCCGCAGCCCGCGCCGUCGAGGAUCUCCGCCGAAUGGAGUGGCGCGACCGGCGGCCCGCCCGCCGAAGUGGUGCUGAGACUGCACCCGCCACUCUCUACCGCCCGCGGGAAUGUGUCGCUAGCUGA